GCCGAUCUUUAACCCAACAGGCAUGGAAAGAAGCAUUGGAUGCAGAGCGCGCGCCGAUUGUCUCUACAGAGUCCUUUUGCGAAGAUGGGCGUCGUGAAGCUACGACGGAUCCGCUGGACAAUCCCCCCAGCUCUUGUUCUGCUAGGGGUGUCCUUGUCCAGCGGACCAUCUCUCCAACUUCGAGGACGCACCUCCUCGUCCGCCCAAGAAUCUCCAUUUUCCUCAUCGGCAGGAUGGCAUUUGAAAGACUGGGCUGGGAAAGGGGCCCAGAGCAAGCCCGAUUCGCUUCAUGACAAGGAUUUGGAUCCCAAUUCCCAUGCAAUAAAACAGUGGAUAGAGGAGCUGGGUCAAGUGUGGGAUAAUGUGGGCAAGAAGGUAGAAGGAGUGAAGAUGAGUGUGAGCUCGAGUACAGAGUGGAGUGGAUGGGGUGAUAAUAUCAAGCAUUUCAUAACCCCAGACUGGGCUCGGUUCCUCCCAGGGACUUUACAAAAGCUGCAGCGAGAGCUCUCAAUGGCACCAGGAUCUCUUGCAGAUGAGAUUUGGAAAGAGGCUCAAGAUGAGGAAAUCAACCCAGAGAUCAUACGAGAUGCCAGGGUGCGUGUUGGAAACAGUCUCUGCGCCGAAGAGAUGGCAUUCCGACAGAAGAGGCAGAAAUUCGUUGUCAAGGCAUUGGCGUCCUAUCUUGAUCUUCGUGAGGAUGAAAUUUGUCCAGAAGAUGUUCCAGUAAUCGCAGUCUGUGGCUCUGGAGGAGGGCUACGGGCCCUCGUUGCUGGAACAGGGUCAUAUCUCGCUGCCCAGGAAUCUGGUUUAUGGGACUGCGUAACAUAUACAGCUGGAGUCAGCGGGAGUUGUUGGUUGCAGACUUUGUAUCAUUCCUCGCUCAUCGGCCGCGAUUUCAAUCGACUUGUCGGGCACCUAAAGAAUCGACUCGGGGUCCAUAUCGCCUUUCCUCCCAAAGCGCUCAACCUGCUGACGACUGCUCCUACAAACAAAUACCUGCUGAGUGGAAUAGUGGAAAAGCUAAAGGCAGAUCCGGGUGCUGACUUUGGGCUGGUGGAUAUAUAUGGUCUUUUGCUCGGCGCGAGACUGCUAGUCCCUAGAGGGGAACUUGAAGUCUCCGACUUUGACCUGAAAUUGUCAAAUCAACGAUAUAAUCUUGUUGAUGGCGAACAACCACUUCCAAUUUACACAGCAGUACGCCAUGAGAUACCAGUACUUGACGACAAACUGAAGAGGCAGCCUACACCAGAGACAUUGAUGCAGCAGGCGGAGAAAGAAGCAUGGUUCCAGUGGUUUGAAUUCACCCCAUACGAAUUUUUCUGCGAAGAACUCAGUGCUGGAAUUCCGAUGUGGGCUGUGGGACGACAUUUCAACGAGGGCAAGAAUGUUGUUCGUCCUGGAGAGUAUCCGAUUCCCGAGUUGCGGAUUCCAGGCCUGAUGGGUAUCUGGGGCAGUGCCUUUUGUGCAACGCUUGCCCAUUACUACAAGGAGAUACGGCCAAUUUUAACGGGACUAACAGGCUUCGGGGGCAUCGACUCCCUGAUCGAGGGUAAGAACAAAGAUCUCGUCCGGGUGCAUCCAAUUGAUCCUGCUGCUAUCCCGAAUUAUGUGAUGGGCAUGAAAGACCAGCUCCCGGCUUCCUGCCCCGAGUCGAUCUUCAGGAACGAUCAUUUACGGCUUAUGGAUGCUGGAAUGAGCAACAAUCUGCCGAUAUACCCAUUGAUUCGACCAGAUAGGGAUGUAGACGUUAUUGUGGCUUUCGAUGCUUCGGCCGAUAUCAAACGCGAGAACUGGCUUUCUGUUGUCGAUGGAUACGCGCGACAACGGGGUAUCAAGGGUUGGCCUCUUGGUGCUGGCUGGCCGAAAGAAGACACCGAGCUAGAAGAAACAGAAAGAGUCCUUCGAGAGACCGAAGAUCUCAGCAAAGAGGCUUUGGAUGGGAAGAUCGCUGCGCAGCAGCAGGACCGUCAAAGCCCGGAAAGUUCAACAAGACCAAAGUCGAAGCAAGAGUCAAGCAUGAGAGAAGAACAGGCCUCCGUUAGCGAUACAGACCUGACAUACUGUAAUGUGUGGAUUGGGAAACUAGAGGAGAGAGUCUCGGAGGGUGAGCCUCCUCCUUCUAAACGUCUUUUCCACCCGUCGAACACCAACCACUCGGAUUCUGAUUUCCAUCUCAUGCGCCCCGAUGCUGGAAUUGCACUGAUCUACUUCCCAUUCUUGCCCAAUCCUUCCGCGCAAGAUCUGCCUCGCGAUUCUUCCCAGUCGAAGCAGCAAUUCCCUGCGCAAUCGGCCAAGAACCCUUCUAAGGACUCCACCGAUGCCACACAGCCUCUUGCACCUCGUCCCAGCUCUAUCAAUCCGGAUGUCGACGACUUUCUAUCGACCUGGAACUUCAUUUACACCCCUGAACAGGUUGACUCUGUGAUCGGCCUAGCAAAGGCUAAUUAUGCAGAGGGUCAAGACCAAGUCAAGCGCGUAGUGCGUGCAGUGUAUGAGCGGAAAAAGACUGAUCGGCUGAACAGGGAGAAGAGGGCGCUGGAGGAGAAGAGGAAGCAGGAGCAGCUUCAGAGCCGCAAGAGGAUGGAAGGGUUUAUUCCUUUAUAAUUUAGACAAACGUGUAAAUCAUCGCGGGCUUAUUCUACUCGAAGGCAUCAUGCUUUUUGAACUAUUUAGUAUUUCUGGAAAUAUCAUGAAAUUUAACAGGC